AUGCCAUUUACGCUCUGCGUCAUCUCAGUUUUUAUUAACAAUAUUUCAAGCAGCGUGCAUCACGCGAGUCCGUGCGCCACCGCACGGACACAGUGCACGUCCUACUUGCGGCUGUUGCUAGCCGUGACAUUGGGACGCUGUCAGAUGUCAGCAUUGUGUCUCUACCUUACCGUGAGUACUUUUAACCUCUAUUUCUUAUGCUGGGAAAGCGCGCGUACAGCUCUGUUACGGCAUUGCCAAGCACUCUAUCCACAAAGCAGAAAGCCAGCGCUAUUGUUACCUUGGUUCCCCGCGCACGAAAGAGACAGUGCUUUCAUGCAAAGCACUCCUAUUGAAGUUCCUGCCCUACAAACUUUGACGACAACCUUCCCAAUCAUCCUCGCAGUCCAAAGCCACGCCAAGCUUGUUCACUUGGCUAUUAUUCUACCCAGCCGCGCCUGA